AUGAUUUAUAAUCUUCCUCAAAAUAAUAAUCCACAUAAAAGAGAUACUGCUGAAAUCAAGGACAUAAUAAAAGAAGUUACAAUUGGAAAUCGCGUUAUUGAAAUUAUUGGAGUAACGAGAUUGGGAAAAAAUAAUCGCAAUGGAGCACGACCUUUAAAAGUAACUUUUAAUAAUUUUGAUGCAGCUAUGAUAGUGAUUAGGAAUAAGAAGAAAAUUAACAAAUGUAGAAAGAUUUGCAUUGAUUUGGAUAUGACUCUUUUGCAGAGAGACAACAUGAAAAAACUAAAGGAUGAACUAAAGAUUAGGAAAGACAAUGAAGAAAAUGUUUCAAUUAAAUAUGUUAAUAAUACUCCAAGGAUUGUCAUCAGCAAUUUAAACUUAACAAGCCCAAAAGUCUACAGUUAA